CUUGGGGCUCCGGUUUCGUGCGCCGCUCCCCCGGCUCCCUUCGCUCUCUCCGGCUGCGGCCCAGCAGAUCGGCCGCGUUCCGGCCUUCCCCGUCACCGGGGACAAGAGGGGGCCGAGGCGCGCCCCGCUCCGCGGGCCGGGAGCGAGCAUGGGGUCCUCCGAGUCGCGGCCGGCGCCCGUGAGCUGCCUGCUGGACCUGGAGCGGUACCCGCUGCCCGACGAGCUGCUGGUCCUGAUCCUCAGCUUCGUGCCCGCCCGGGUCCUGGUGAGGCGCUGCCGGCCGGUCUGCCGCCGCUGGCGCGGGCUGGUGGACGGCCCGUCCCUGUGGCGGCUACACUGCGAGCGGCGGGGGGCCCGGGGCCGGGCGCUGCUGGACGCCCUGCGGGGCUGGGCCCCGGCCCACCUGCCCUGGAGCCGCCUGUGCGUCCUCAGGCCCCUCGGGCGCAACUUGCUCCGGAAUCCCUGCGGGGCAGAGGGACUUCGGGGCUGGGAGGUGACGCACGGCGGCGACGGCUGGACGGUGGAGGAGAACCGGCAACCGGUCGAGGGGGCUGAGGCCCAGACCUGCUUCGUGUCCUCCUUCAACUGGUGCCAGAAGCGGCAGGUGGUGGACCUGCUCCGGGAGGGGCUGUGGGCUGAGCUGCUGGACGACCCCCGCGCGGAAAUCCACGUCUCCGACUGGUGGGGGGCCCGGGAGGACUGCGGCUGCGAAUACGCCCUGACGGUGCAGCUGCUGGCGGCCAACCGGCAGUCGGAGCUGGCCCGGUUCGGCGUGCAGCCGGACCCCAUCCCCCAGUGGAACGACAACGCCUACCGGCAGGUCUCCCACGUCUUCAGGGGCUUCGGCCGCGGCGUUCGCUUCGUCGUCUUCCGGCACCGGGGCAAAGACUCCAUGUUCUGGAAGGGGCACUACGGGGCCCGCGUCACCCACUCCAGCCUGGUGGUCCGGGUGGGGCCGCCGGCCGUCGUCCCCUGAGGCGCCGGGAGGGCGGAGCCGUCCGGUCGGUCCGGGGAGAGUCGUACUUGCCGCGGACGACGGUGAGCCGGACGCCGGGCAGGUCCUGGGUGCGCCCGCCCUGCAGCAGGACCACGUGGUGCUCCUGG